AUGGCUUCCCUCGCUCCCCCGCCACCCCCGCUAACCACAACCUACAAAGAAAUCAACGGCUCCACCAUCACAGCAGACAUCUACCUCCCACCACAACCACAGCCACAUGAGCCGAGAAAGUAUCCUGUCCUAAUAAACAUCCACGGCGGCGCCUUCAUGCUCGGGCACAGCGGGAUGGUCUCCAAGCCGCAGAUCUCCGACUGUCUCGCCCGCAACUGGAUCGUGGCCGUCCCAAACCACCGCCUCUGUCCGGGCGUGGACGUGCGGUCCGGCCCAAUGAGCGAUAUCCGCGACUUCCUCGCCUGGAUCUACGCCCAGACCGACGGGCUCGAUUCGUUCCUGCAAAGCCAGGAGGGCGCGGAGGGGUACUGCGUUGACGAAGAGAGAGUCAUGGCAUUUGGGACGAGCAGUGGGGGGAUGCUGGCGCUGUCGUUGGGCUACGACGUCCCGCGCCCCCCACGCGCAAUCCUCAACUUCUACGGCGCCGUGCACUUCACGCACCCCAGCUGGCGGGCAGAACUCCCACACGUAAGGUGCAAUCUACCCACCUUCGACCCCGAAUUCCUCCGCCAGGUCUAUUCUGAAUCCCCCAUCCCGACAACCAGCGGGAUCUCACUGGAAGGCCAGAGCCAGCCUCGCAACAAGCCCGAUUUCCGACGCGCGCGGGACGCGUUUGCUUUGACUCAAAUUGCGAAUGGGCGGGUUCUCGACGCCAUUUUCCCCAAGGAAUGUGGGGACAUACGCGAUAUCGACCCCGUGCAGCGGGUGGCGAGCGGGUUUCCGGCGACGUUUAUUGUGCAUGGGGAUAGUGAUCGCAUGGUGAGUGUUGAGGUUAGCCGGGAGUUGUAUCGGGUUUUGCGGGAGAGGGGGGUGCGCUGUGGGAUGGUGGAGGUUCAGGGCGAGGAUCAUACGUUUGCGCUUGGGAUGGAGGUCGGGAGUCGGACGUGGAGGAGGCAGAGGGAGGGGUUUGAGUGGUUGGAGGGGGUUAUUCAAGAGUUACAAGUUUAG